AUGACGGAUCAGGAGGAAGAGAGUCUCUUCCCAAUCGCUAUUCUCAUUGACGAAUUAAAAAAUGAGGAUAUAUCAACUCGCCUAGCCAGUUUCAAGAAGCUCUCAACAAUUGCUUUGGCACUUGAACCUGAACGAACACGCAAUGAAUUCAUUCCUUUUCUAACUGAGUCAAUUUAUGACGAAGAUGAAAUUCUUUGUGAGCUCGCAGAUCAGUUAGGCAAAUUUGUCCCUUUGGUUGGCGGCCCGGAAUACGUUUCCUGCUUGUUGCCGCCUUUGGAGGGCUUGGCCUCGACGGAAGAAACCGUAGUUCGACAGAAAGCUGUCGAUACACUUAGACUCCUUGCAGGAAGCUUUUCAGACGAAGAUCUGGAGGCUCAUUUUCUACCAAUGAUAGAGCGCCUUGCGACUGGUGAAUGGUUUACUAGCCGUAUAUCUGCCUGCGGUCUCUAUCCAGCAGUGUACAGGCGUGCAUCACCGAGGACUGCUGCAGAUCUGCGAAAUCAGUUCCGUCAGCUGUGUAACGAUGACACCCCUAUGGUGCGUCGCUCCGCGGCCAUCAACCUCGGGGAGAUGGCCUCCUGUCUAGAUCUGAACACACUUCGAUCUGAGUUCCUCCCCGUUCUUACUAACAUAAUACAGACAGACGACCAAGAUUCGGUCCGUCUUUUAGCCAUCAAUGCCUGUGUGGCCUUUGCUGAGGCUCUGCCUACCGAAGAUACCCAAAAGUCCCUUAUGCCCUUGGUGCGUGAGGCUGCGCAGGAUAAGUCCUGGCGGGUUCGUUACCAACUUGCCGAUCGUCUAACAGAUCUCCAAUCGGCCGUGGGUCCAGUCGUCACUAACGACUUUCUUGUGGACGUAUACCAGAUUCUUCUCAAGGACGCCGAAGGCGAAGUUAGAGCUGCCGCCGCGAGCAAGCUGAAGGUCUUUGCCACUGCACUCUCUCCGGCUGAGACCCGCGAGUCGAUUAUCAUGAAGACUUUGCUACCAAUCAUUCGGGAAAUGGUCAGUGAGACCAACAUGCAGGUCAAGACGGCCUUGGCCGGCGUGAUCAUGGCUCUCGCGCCUCUUCUUGGAAAGGAUAAUACAAUCGAGCACCUACUUCCAAUGUUCUUGGUCCAAUUGAAGGAUGAAAAUCCAGAUGUCCGACUGAACAUUAUUUCAAAUUUGGAAUGUGUGAAUCAGGUCAUGGGUAUCACUCAGCUUAGUCAAUCACUCCUUCCGGCUAUUGUGGAGUUGGCGGAGGACUCGAAGUGGCGAGUGCGCCUUGCCAUAAUUGAGUACAUGCCUCUACUUGCGAGUCAACUGGGAAUCCAGUGUUUCAAUGAGCAACUCACAAAUCUGUCCCUUAACUGGCUCGUAGACAACGUCUACGCCGUCCGUGAGGCUGCCGUCGCCAACCUCCGAAACCUCAUGGACAAAUUCGGCAUUGAGUGGGCCAAUAGCCAGGUUGUGCCCAAGCUCAUCCAGUUGGCUCACGAUCCGAACUACCUCCACCGGAUGAUAUGUCUAGCGGCGUUGCGUGAGCUCGGCCUAGCUGACGUCUGCCAUUCCGAGAUGCUUCCCAAAAGCCUCUUGCCGACCAUCACCCAGCUCAGUGCCGACGCUGUUCCUAAUGUUAGAUUUAAAGUUGCUCAAGUCCUAGGGAAGCUCGGCCCUUUCCUAGACACUAGCGCAAUGCAGAAUUACGUAAAGCCUACUCUUGAGAAGUUGGGUGCUGACCCAGACACAGAUGUCAUUUUCUACGCCAAGGAAGCCUACGAAUCUCUCGCCAUUGCCGCGCGAUGA